AUGAACGGCCUCAACACGACAGCAGCCAUCGCUGACGGCAAAGCAGGCCCUCUGGGCUGGCCGGGCUGGCCGGGCUGGAUCGGUCCUCUCGUGGCCGUGGUGGCCGGCUACGUGGUGCUCUGUUCCUGUGUGCGCUUCCGCUUCGAGAAGGCGAUGCAGCGCCGCUUUGGCUACACGGACCGGGCGUCGCUCGCGCGCAUGACCAACGACGACGCGCAGGCGAUUCUGCAGUACAUCAUCCAGCGCGAGUUCCCGCAGAUGUACAACCUGUCGCUGCAGUUUGGCAUCUUCAAGACGUACGGCUUCGCGACGGUGUCGAAGCUGUUGGUGGCGACGCGGGCGCUGACCGAUCCGCAGAUGGCAGGCAAGAGGUACGAGGACACGGUCGUGAUCUUCAGCGAGUUCUCGCUGAACCCGCCCACGUCGGACCGCUGCCUGCAGGCGCUCGCCCGCAUGAACUACCUGCACGAGCGAUACCGGGCGGCGGGCCAGAUCGACAACGCCGACCUGCUGUACACGCUCGCGGCCUGCGUGACGGAGCCGAUCCGGUUCCUGCGCCUGUACGAGUGGCGGCCGCUCAACGCGAUGGAGCGCUGUGCUCUCGGCGUGUUCUGGAAGUCGAUCGGCGACGCCAUGGGCAUCGGAUACGACGGGCACCUGGCUCGAGGGGCAUCCGGCGACUGGCGCGACGGGCUGGCCUUUGUCGACGACCUGACGGCCUGGGCAGCCGAGCACGAACGCGCGCACAUGCGUCCAGACGUCGCCAACACGGUCACGUCGCGUCGCCUCGUCGACAUGUUGCUGCACCAGGUCCCGCAGCCGCUGCGACCGCUCGCCGUCGAGGCCCUGACCGUGCUGAUGGGCCAGCGCAUGCGCGAGGCGUUUCUGUAUCCAGAGCCCGGCAUCGUGGCGGCGACAGCAACUUACGGCGCGCUCAUGGCACGGCGCUUCGUCCUCCGGUAUCUGGCGCUACCGCGGUUCGCGCCCGUGACGCCGCUCUCGGCGGCCGAUCCGACCACCGGACGCAUGCACCUCCAGGGCGGCGCCUAUCUGGUCGAGCCGUGGUACCAGCGGCCGACGCGAUGGGCGCGUUGGGGCCCGGCAGCACUGCUCAGACGACUCCUCGGCGGACUCGUGCCGGCUGACAACGACCGCUGGAUGGCCGGCGGCUAUCGCUUCGAGGACAUUGGGCCGCAGAACCGGAUGGGCCAGGGCGUGGCCGAGGCGGCAGCAGAAGUGGACCGGCUGCGGCAGAAGCGGCCAUCCGGCUGUCCGUUUGCGUGA